AUGCCCCGGUUACUGUCUCUAGCAGUGGCUCUAAUUUUCGCGCCAGCUUUCCUCGACGCCGGCGCCCACAACACAGUCAACACUUGGAACGGAACGCUACAGUAUGACGAGGACUGGGGUUAUGUAGAUAUACGGUAUGUUACUGUAAGAAUAACUACAGUAAUCGUGAGAUUCCCUCAGAGCCAACGCCCACACUUUUUGGUGGCUCUACGCGGUAAAGCCAGCUAAUAAUCGACCACUUUUUGUCUGGCUACAGGUAAAUUUUGUCUACAGUAAUCUCCAAAAAAACACAAUUUUGAAGGGCGGACCAGGAUCCUCAAGCUCUGGAUUUGGAAAUUUCGAAGAAACCGGCCCAAAAACUAUCAACAACAAUGACAAUCCGGCGACCUGGGUGAGUUUUCGAAGUUUUGGCAAAAACCAGAGGUGGAGUUGAACCGUCAACCUGCUGGCUCUCAGCCAAACCUUCUACCUUUGCGCCAAGAAAUAAUAUCAAUUUUCAGCUUCAAGUAGCCGAUAUCGUCUAUGUCGACAAUCCGGUCGGAUCUGGUUUCUCAUACGUCGACAAUAACAGCGCCUACACUACCAAUAUCACUCAAAUCGGACAGGUUAGUAAGGGAAAAUGGCAAAAACGGGGAUGGGAGUCGAACUGCGACACAUUCUAGUCAGAUAAAUGGGAAGAAGCUUUUUUAAUGUGAAUAAUCAAAAGUUAAAGAAAAAAUAAGCUCGAGAAAAAAUAGCAAAAACGAUUCGCCGCCGAGAGGAAUCGAACCAACAACCUAUUCUCUAGAGCUAGCUCACGUUUCACUGAGCCAUUCUUAAGAUAAAGUAAACAGUUGGAGUGCAUUUUUAAUUGGGAUUAUUAGAAGCGAAUUUAACAUGAGACCUUCAAAAGUGGACGUCACCCUAUACUAUAAUUAAAAUUGUUCAAAUUGAUGAGAGAAAUGGCAAAAACGGGGAAGGGGCCCGAACCUGCGACCUUAAUUCUGCAGCGAUAAACCAAAAUCCUAGUAAAAAACCUUAUCAAUGAAAUAAUUAAUGUUUGAAUAAAAAAAAAGCUCGAGAAAAAAUGGCAAAAAAAGAUUCGCCGUCGAGAGGAGUCGAACCAACAACCUUAGCUUCUCCUCUAGAUCCACCAUUUCUCAAGAUCCACUGAGCAAUUCUCAACAUAAAGUAUACCGGUGGAAUCAGAAAACCAUUCCUAAUCAAAAAAUCAUGAUAAACUCAGAAAUGAUCGAUUAAGGACCUUCUCACAUGGCUCCGAAAGUUCCUCGUCCUCCAUUCAGAGUACCGAACCCGGCCUUUCUACAUCUUCUGCGAGAGUUAUGGAGGCAAGAUGAGCGCCGAAUUCGCCAGAGUUAUCACCAAUGUAAGUUCCAAUAUCUUAUUAGAGAUGUUGGAAAAAUUGACGGGAAAAGUGUCUUUCAGGCGAUCAAGGAAGGAUCACUGCAGUUGAACUUCCGAGCCGUCGCUUUGGGAGAUUCUUGGAUCUCUGCCAUGGACUACGUCAACACCUGGGGACCGUACCUUUAUGCUAACGUGAGUCAAAUUAAAAACUUCAUUUCCACUGACUUAUUUACAUCGUAGACCCGUUCUUAGCGUUACUGGAUGAAAAAAUGCUUAUAAUUCAAAGUUCACAGAAAACUUUCUCGAACCGCAACACAACACGCGUCGCUUCCGAAAAGUAAAAUUGAAAAAAAAAAACUCAAAUGUACCUCAAAAAUUCGUCCCGAACGUAACACCUGCUCAAGUUUAACCAAAAUGAAGAAAAACCCCCAAAUUACCAAGUAGUCCAGCUAGACCGCGACGCGACACGCAACGCAUCUGACCGUUCUCGAAAAUAUGUUACUGAAGCUUUCAAAACGUGACUUUGACCAGAUGCUUGAGAAGACCUGACCGCUCCGUCUUCAAAACCAUUCUUUCAGUCAUUCCUCGACGACCACCAACUCGCCACGGUCAACAAGGAAGCGGCACGGUGCCAGAGUCUCGUGGAUCAGCAAAAGUGGACCCAAGCGACGAACUGCUGGGGCAACAUGGAGAAUCUCAUCGGCGAGGAGACCAACGGCGUUUCUUGGUACAACAUUCUGAAGCAAGGCGGCACGGACGACUGGUCUUCCAGUUCUUCCUUCUCUACUUCUCCUAUUGGUAUGUUCCACGAUUACUUACAGGGGAAGUGCAGAAGAUAAUAAUAUCCGAAUUUGGGGAGUGUAAGAGGUUCCGGAUAUGCUGAUGCAGAAUCUAUCGACGUCAUCGUUCCUAUUUUUAGUUCUGUUUGAUUUAUGGCAUACUAAAAUGGGGGACAAGGAGAAAAAAUCGACCUUUAUUUCUUUGAACGUAUCCGAGAGUACCGCAAUCAGCAUAUCCGAGAGCACCGCAAUACAAAGUUCCAAAGAGCACCAUCUUCUGCCCAUCCAUGAACCAACCAAGUUACACCAGACAUAUCCCAAUGAAGACAAAUUCCAGCCCGACUCUACAACCGCUUCGUCAAGCCACAGAACUCCGACGCUCUCUCAAGCUACAUGGACACGACGGUUCGCCAGAAGCUCGGAAUCAUUCCGAACAACGUCAAGUUUGGAGGUAACAACCUUGAAACGCCAUGGUCGCACGCAGAAUGGCUCAGAAUGGGAGACCAUUUCCCUUCAUGGAAUUUUCGGCCAGACUUGGUCAGCAGGCUAGAAGCCAUCCUCACUGCGACCAUAGGCUUCCCAUUCAGUAUACAUCCAGCUAAAUCCGGAUUCUUAUAUUACUUUUUGACAGAAUUCAGCGAAAUUAGUUUACCGAACGCGACCAGAAGCUCUCUACUCAGAAUUUUUGAUGACAUUAAGAGAAAAUAGUUUCAAGUCGGGCGCUAAUAGCCAUUCCGAAUGCGGCCAUUCAGUAAAAAUGACUUAUUCCAGCCCAAUCCGGCGCCGUUUUCAACGCUCAGUCCGACGACUUCAUGACACCCAACUGGGACACGGUUGAUCAACUACUGAAGGAUGGCUACAAUGUCGUCGUGUACAAUGGAAAUGAGGACCUUAUCUGCAAUACCAUUGGUGGGGGGUUUAUUUUCUCUGGAAAAGCUAAGAAAGAACGGAAAUGAAAGGUCUAUAUAAGGAAAGGCAGCUUCAUUCUAGGGUCUAGGAAAUCCCGGACAAUCCAUAGGAAGUCUCUUUGAUCCAAGUGUACAAAAACCAUAGAAAAGUCAUACUCCUUCCAACUUUUGAGAUUUUUUCUCCGAAAAUCGAUUGCUGAAUAAUGAGCUCUACUUUACUGACAUCCAAUAGAAAUCCUAUGGACGCAUGUGGAAUGGCUUGCAGUUCAACUUAUAAAUUCGAAAAACCGCUUUAAAUGACGUGAACUCCAAUGCUUCUAAAGCCAUUUAGCGAAAGUCGUUUUGAGUCAGGCGCGUCAAUUCGUUACGACCUGAGCAUACAUGGGCUAACAGGGUGUUUUUCACUUUCGGGUCCGUACUUCUUCAAGGGGGGUACAUGAUGACGUCACAAAAAGCAGUUGGUUAGCCCAUGUAUGGACCUGAGCCAUUCUAUCUGCGACCGUUAAAAAAAACUUGGAAAAAACCGCUAAAAACCCUUCAGGAACGAUAUUUGAAAAAACCCUCUCUAUACCUUUUUUUUAUUUCAAAUUUUUAAAAUCUCCAGUUCUUAGCUCAUUUUCGGAAACUUUAGAACAUAACUAGUUGAAAUUUCGCCUUCCCUAAACUUCUAACCUAAAUUUAUACCAAUAUUAAGGUACCGCCAUGUGGGUAAACCGUCUAACUUGGCCACAGAUGGCGUCUUUCAACUCAACGAUGCGCCAUUCGUUCAAAACCAAAUCAUACCCACUUGCUGGGUAUUACAAGUUCCAUAAUAACUUGUCGUUCUGGUGGAUUCUCCGAGCUGGUCAUAUGGUUGGUUUUUACUCAACGAAAAGAAAAACGGCGGCCUAG